AAUUUGCUAUUGAAGCAAUAAGUUAAACGCCAAUGAUGCAAUUUUCAGUUAUUUUUAUUACGACCACAGGAUUCCUACAUAAAACUCCAUCUUCCGCUGGUUUUCUUCCCCAAUCCAUCAAACAGCAAACUGAAUUCAAAAGUUUCCCACUUGCCCAACACCUUUAUAUACACGAAUUUCUCCAGUUUCAUGGAUCAUCAAACAAGUUCAGAAUCCGAGGUGAUCACCGUUGAUGUACACGCAGCUAAAAAACUCCUUAAUUCAGGCCACCGCUAUCUGGAUGUCAGGUAUUGUAAUUAUUUUUCUUUUUUGAUAAAAAAAAUUAGGAAUUUCGGUGGCGUAAAUGAUAGCUUUUUUAUAUUUACCCUUAACAUGUUAUGGUGGCUGUUUGAGAAUGCUAAUUCUGAAACGACUUUCUGUUGGAGCUUGAAGGACCGUUUGGGGAGGACUUCUUAUAGAUUAGUUGAAAAAUUACUUUUAAGUCAAUUUCGUUCUAAAGUCCUUCUAUAUACACAAAUCACUCCCGGAAGAGUAUCGAAACAAGUUCAAAGCAGCUUUAGACUUUUGAAAAACCGUUAUCAAAUGAGCUCUAAACCGAGUGAAUUGUUUGAUCGAAUGUAUUUGAAAGAACUGAAAAUCGAGAUCCAAAUCUAUUCCCGAAGAGUUAAAAAGGAAAUAUCAAGAUUCAAAAUGGAUUCAAAGAAUCCAAGAUCCAAAUCUAUUCCCGAAGAGUUAAAAAGGAAAUAUCAAGAUUCAGAAUGGAUUCAAAGAAUCCAAGGUGGGGAUUAUGUUUCUUGUUCUCGUCCCAUUUACCAUUUUGGAAAUGAGGGUGUGUAUGAACAACAUUCUUAA